AUGUAUGCUCUCACACUGACUGCAGAGCUGGCAGGUCUUGGUUCACCCAACAGUGUCACCAACCUCCGCCCAAGCGAUGCGCAGGACAACCCAUUCUGGUACACGUUCAAGGUGCAGUGUACCUCAUGCCGAGAAACACAUCCCAACUGGGUUGGAGUCAGUCGAUUUGUCAGUCUCAAUCCCUGCGACAGUGUCGAAAUGGCAUCUAACACGCUUCUCAAGGAACAAAAUGAGAUGAGUGGUAGCCGAGGCGAGGCCAACUUUGUCUGGAAAUGCAAAAACUGCAAGCGAGAGUCAUCGGCCACCAUCCAAGCAGCCCCAAAGGCAUACCAGCAUGCAGAGCCGGCCAAGGCACAAGACAUCAUUCAAUUCGACUGCCGUGGAUGUGAAUUCACUGAAUUCAAGCCCGAGGGAGACUGGUUGGCAGACGGACUUGAGUCCAACACUAAAUUCGAAGGCAUCGACUUGACUGAGGGCGAAUGGUUUGAUUAUGACGAGAAGGCUGGGGAUGAGCACAACACAAUCCUCUAUCACCAAGAACCUCUGGAAUUGAGACUGAUGGCAUCAGAAAUCUCGCCACAUUUAAACUUCCUCGCUGAUGCAGCACAUCUGCUGGCGAAGGUGUCUCCAGAGACGUCCUCAUAUCUGAUGAGCCGGAGAACAGACCUGAUGCUUAGUCACGAUCUCUCAGUCACCGAUACAGAGAGGCAACAUGUCUGCAGCAGCUGCGGUCAGAUAAUGAUACCAGGUCAGGGCAGCUUGAUUGAGCUCAAGAGCCGCAGCGAUAUCAACAACAAAAAACCUCGCUGCGCCAAGGCGAGGAAGCAAUCCCACAAGCUCGGCCAUGGGGCAUCUUCACAGACGACCCUCAUGAAAUCCUACAGCUGUAGCCGAUGCCAUCACACGACAAAGGUGAACCUCCCGAACCCGCCACCUAUAUCGAGACGCAAGAAGCCAACUGCCGCACCAGUCACGGCGGCAUCAAAGGAAGCACCCAGACCAACCGCCAAUGCAAGCAGCAAGAAACGGGCCAAGAACCGCAAAGCCGGCCUGCAGGCUCUGCUCGAUCAGAGGCAGGCAGUAAACAAGCCCUCCUCUAGUCUAGGCUUCAGCCUGUCCGACUUUAUGAGAAAAUCAUGA